GCACGACUCUUGACCUCAGGGUUGUGAGUUCGAGCCCCAUGUUGGGAGUGGAGAUGACUUAAAACCUCUACGAUGGGGAAGCCGAGUCGCUCCCUUUAGAGUAGUGACGAGGAGUGGAGGGUCAUGCGAGUGAAGCACUUAACUCUUGGGGGUCCCAGCGGCCCAGGAAGGGGGGAGCCCUCUCCCUCUUUCCUCACUCUACCCCCAGAGCUGGACACAGGCCUGCGCGUGGGGUAGCUUCUGUAGGAUUCCCGGUCCACCUGCGAUCCAGCAGCUUGGGGGAGCAUCUGACCCAUGCUGGUGUGUGCCUCACACUUGGGGUGUUGAAGCUUUUGAACAGCACCCCUCUUUACCACCUUCCUCCUGCUCCAGGAGAGGAAUCAGAGCCGUCUUUUCGGGAACAUGACAUGGGUUGUGGCAGGGAGGCCUUGUUGCCCAGAUGGUAUGACUAAUAGAGGGGUUUUGGUGGAAAGGGGGGAUUUAUGAGGAACUCCCGCUGCACGGUAGCUCAGAGGGCACGUGUGGCCCAGGGCGUGGGGAAGGAGAGGGUUCUGGGGUUUCCUGGACGGUGGACAAGAGGGGCCUGUGCUCAGCAGGCCCCUGUUACUCCCAGCUGUGUGCGACUGUAUGGCCCUGGAACCCAGAUCUUCCGCUGAGAAAUGGGACCCCAGAGUCCCAAGGGUGCCCACCACCGGGGAAGUGGCUGUGCGGGGCUUUCUGUGCAGUGACUGCCACAGCUCACGUCGGGCUCGCCCGCUGUUCCUUUCGGAGGGCCCUCUAGCAAGAGCUGAGCUCAGAGGUUGUGUUUCCCUUCCUCCUUUUUAAGCCAAAGUCCCAAAGCCACCAGCGUUCAGAGUAAGGAGAGGGACCCAAGCUGCUUGGUGCUGGCUCUGGCGGCCUUUCCAGUGCCCUUCAGAGAUAGGAACAAGCUGGCGUAUGUAUGUCUCAGUCAGUCUGUGGUCCCUGCUGGUCCCCAGGCAUCAGAAAGCUCCUCCAGGAUACACGGGGCUGGGGUGUGCUGGUGUGGGUGUGGGUGUAGGUGUGGGUGUGGGCGUGUGUGCAGGUCCUCUGCUAGAUCCACUGUCUGGCAGUUGAGCCCAAUAAAAAAGCUCUAGGAAAUCUGUUUUGAUAUGCAAAUGAGGUGAUUAUAAUGAAAGACAACAUGCAAAUCUUUGAUUUUCUUUGAGCCCCAGAAGAUUGGGCCAAAGGGACUUGAGAGCGAUCCAAGAGGCUUCCCUGGACCUAUGGGACUGCACUACACUGCCGCGUCGCGUGGAGGUGAAUCGAAACGCGCAGAUUGCCUCAUGCUGGUGCUUCUCGGGCCGGCAGAACAGGGCUGCGCACUGAAGAGUGUGACCACCAGCUCCGGCCAGUGGCGGCAACCCGGAACCGGAUGGGCCCCCGGGAGGGGGUCAGCCCAGCAGCCCGGGCAUCCAUCCUUGACCCCACGUCCUGCGCCAACCCCCCCCCCGGGGUCCUUUCUGUGCCAGCUCCGCUCCUGAGGACGCGGUUUGUGUCUCCCCAGAAGGAAGAAGCCCCGCAGAAGGGACUUGCUGAGCCUCCCCCGCUCUGCUCCAUGUUGGCUGUGCCCUCAGGCUGGCGCCAUGCCCCCCCCAGCGGAGGUGACGGACCCGUCCCAUGCCCCCGCCGUCCUGCGUCAGCUCAAUGAGCAGCGGCUCCGAGGCCUCUUCUGUGACGUCACCCUCAUAGCUGGAGACACCAAGUUCCCCGCUCACCGCAGUGUCCUGGCUGCUUCCAGUCCCUUCUUCAGAGAGGCCCUGCUUGCUUCAGCUCCACUCCCCCUCCCGCCAGUUACUGGGGGCCCUGCCCCCAACCCGGCCACCACCACAGCUGCCUCCUCCUCUUCCUCCUCUUCCUCCUCCUCCUCCUCUUCUUCCUCCUCCUCUUCUUCCUCUUCCUCCUCUUCCCCUCCUCCAGCCUCACCCCCCACUUCCUCCCCACCCCGGGUCCUGGAGCUGCCAGGGGUCCCCGCAGCUGCCUUCUCUGAUGUCCUCAACUUCAUCUAUAGCGCCCGGCUUGCUCUACCUGGCGGCGGAGGGGACGGGGCAGCGGUGGCAGAGAUCGGAGCUCUGGGGCGGCGUCUGGGCAUCUCCCGCCUGCAGGGCCUGGGGGAGGGAGGCGAUGCCUGGGUACCUCCUGCCCCAGCGCCCAUGGCCACCUCGCAGCCCGAAGACGACAGCUUCGGGCCCGGGCCGAGGCCCGCUGGGGAGUGGGAGGGGGACCGGGCUGAGGCCCAGGCCUCUGACUCGCAGGCCCCCCUGUCCCGGCGGCCCCUCCCCUGCCCGCGCUGCGGGAAAAGCUUCAUCCAUCCCAAACGGCUGCAGACCCAUGAGGCGCAGUGCCGCCGCGGGACCGGCACCCGGGGGUCUGCGGGGCUGGCCUCCGGGGGCUCGGCGCCCAGCGGUCCCGCCGGCGUGGAUGCCUCGGCCCUGCCGACGCCGGUGGGCUUCCGCGGUGGGCCCGAGCACGUGGUGAAGGUGGUGGGCGGCCACGUGCUGUACGUGUGCGCCGCCUGCGAGCGCUCCUACGUGACGCUGUCCAGCCUGAAGCGGCACAGCAACGUGCACUCGUGGCGCAGGAAGUACCCGUGUCGCUACUGCGAGAAGGUGUUCGCGCUGGCGGAGUACCGGACCAAGCACGAGGUGUGGCACACCGGGGAGCGCAGGUACCAGUGCAUCUUCUGCUGGGAGACCUUUGUCACUUAUUAUAACCUGAAGACCCACCAGCGAGCCUUCCACGGCAUUAGCCCCGGGCUCUUAGCCAGUGAGAAGACGCCCAAUGGAGGCUACAAGCCCAAGCUUAAUACCCUCAAGCUGUACCGCCUGCUCCCCAUGCGGGCUGCCAAGAGGCCCUACAAGACCUACAGCCAGGCGGCCCCCGACGCCCCCCUCUCUCCAAGCCUCAACACACCGGCCCCUGUAGCCAUGCCUGCCAGCCCCCCGCCCGGGCCCCCUCCUGCCCCGCAGCCCGGCCCCCCGCCCUCCGUCAUUGCAUUUGCCCACCCUGCUCCCUCCGUCAUUGUUCACGGGCGCAGCAGCAGUGGUGGCGCAGGGGGGGGGGCCGCCACCGCGGGGGGAGCCCAAGCCGCCUCAGUCAUCACUUACACUGCGCCCCCGAGGCCCCCCAAAAAACGUGAGUACCCACCGCCUCCCCCCCAACCUGCAGCCACGCCGAGCAGCCCCGCCACCGCGGGCGGCCCGGCCACCGCCGCAGGCCCGGCCACCGCCACGGAGGAGGCCAAGGGCCGCAACCCACGGGCUGGAAGGACUCUGACCUACACGGCCAAGCCAGCCGGCGGGAUUGGCGGGGGUGGGGGUCCCCCUGCGGGGCCUGGCCGGGGCCCCUCUCAGCUCCAGGCCGCACCUCCACUGUGUCAGAUCACUGUGCGCAUCGGUGAGGAGGCCAUUGUCAAGCGCCGCAUCUCAGAGACUGACCUGCGCCCCGGGGAGCUGAGCGGGGAGGAGGUGGAAGAGAGCGAGGACGACGACGACGACGAGGACGACGACGAGGACGACGACGAGGAGGAAUCGCGGGCCGGCGGGGAGGACCAGCUCUGGCGGCCCUACUACUCCUACAAGCCCAAGCGCAAGGCCGGGGCGGCGGGCGCGGGCAGCGGCGGGGGCGGCGUGCUGCCCCGAGGCCGCCGGCCGCCGCGCUGGAGGCAGAAGCCGGAGCGCAGGAGCUGGGAGGACGCGCCGGCCGCCGAGGGCCCCGCGGGGCGCGCCCGGGCCGAGCGGAGGCACCGCUGCGGGGACUGCGCCCAGACCUUCGCCACCGUGCGGAAGCUGCGCAAGCACCAGGAGGCGCACGGCGGCGGCGCGCACGGGGUCCGCGGCGGCCGUAGGCCCUCCAGCCGCUUCGCCUGCCCGCACUGCGCCAAGGUGUGCAAGACGGCGGCCGCACUGAGCCGCCACGGGCAGAGGCACGCGGCCGAGCGGCCCGGAGGCACCCCCACGCCCGUCAUCGCCUACUCCAAGGGCAGCGCUGGCGCCAGAGCCGCGGAUGUCAAGGAGGAGGCCCCCCAAGAGAUGCAGGUGUCCUCGUCCAGCGGGGAGGCGGGGGGCGGGAGCGCCGCGGUUGCCGCGGAGGGAGCACCUGAGGCCGCCUCUCUGCAGGACCCUGUCAUCUCGGGGGGUGAGGAGCCCCCGCUGGUGGCAGGAGGGGGCACCUAUGCCUAUCCGCCGGUGCAGGAAUUUCCACUGGCUCUGAUCGGGAGCGGCAGGGAACCUGGCGGUGGGAGGGGCAAAGCUGGCAGCGAGGGGCCGGUGGGCGCUGGGGAGGGGGACCGCGUGGAGGGGAUGGGGGCUGCCAAAGUCACCUUCUACCCAGAACCCUACCCGCUCGUCUACGGCCCCCAGCUCCUUGCCGCCUACCCUUACAACUUCAGCAACCUGGCUGCUCUCCCGGUUGCUCUUAACAUGGUCCUACCUGAUGAGAAGGGUGGGGGGGCCCUUCCCUUCCUUCCGGGGGUCUUUGGCUACGCAGUCAACCCUCAAGCCGCGCCCCCUACUCCCCCGACCCCACCUCCCCCGACUCUUCCCCCACCCGUCCCCCCUAAGGGAGAAGGGGAAAGGGCAGGGCUUGAAAGAACCCAGAAGGGAGAUGUGGGGUGAGCUCUGGGCCCACCUCCCCCCUUUCACCAGAUGCCACCCUCCCUGAACCCCCUGCCACUACCAGCUCCCUGGCUUCCCUGCCCCUUGGGAGCCCCUCCACACUCUUGUGCAGGGACUUGGGGGCCCCUGGAGCUCAGGGGUCAGGCUGCUUUGUGUGAGAUUGUAGUUUUCCCAUCUCCUGGGAAGGGAUCUUGGGUGGUUCCCCUCUCAGUUCUCCUCCAGGGAAUGGCCUCUGUGAGGGGCAGGGCCAGCUCCCAUCCUUUCUCCAGCCCUCGGGGCAACUGAGCAAUAUACUUACAUGAAUCUCUACUCACGGCCCCCACCAGCUCUGAAUGUCUAACCCACCCUCCUGAUUCGUAAACCCGGGGGGAAACCAUCUCUCUCACCUAGUGACCUCCCCUCAUUCUGAAGCUUUCUCUAAGCCCCUGCCUAGACGCUUCCUAGCACAUUCCAUUCUUCGUGGCCCAGGGCCUGGACCAGACCAUUGUGAUACCUGACCCCCGCCCAUCUGGGAGCAUGGCUUCUAGUUCCAUUCUCCCCAGGGAUGGGUUUCUGCGUCCCUGUCUCCUUCACGUGAUGAUGCCAUGCCUUCCUGGGCUCCCAUGCCUUUGGGUCUUCCGUAUUGCUCCUCGCUCUCCUACUCUGGAGAUGGCCUCUUCCGAUUCAGGUCAAGGAGGUGUUGCCGGGAGGGCUACCCUUCUGUUCCACGGCUGAGCACUUUCCCAGCCCAGGGCAGCACGAAUCUUGGCCCUGUAUUGACCCCCAAAUCCAGUGGGCCCCAGAUCCUUCCAAGGCAAAGAGGUGAGCAGAUCGCACCUCUUCCUGCCUCUACCUAUGGCCUCUUCUGGGCUAAAUCAGAUUUGGGGGUCAGUGGGGAGGAGCUCCAUAUGGGAUGGGGAAGGGAAUCUACUUUCUCCCCCCCCUUUUUUUUUUUUUUUGGCUUCCUGAUGGUUUCUCCCAGACUAGACCAAAUAGCCAGAAAAGUGAUGGGGGUUGGAUGGGUGGCUAAGCCCAAGAUUUGCACAUGACCUCCCAUCCUUACCUUUACCUCCAUCUUCCCCAGUGUCGUUUCCUCACCAUUCACUCCAGGUGGUUUUUGGGGAACCAUCCUACUCCCUUGGUGGGCUUUGGGGUAUCCCCACCAACUUUUCCUCCAGAAUAGCACCUUACACCCCAUCUUUGACUCAGUUCCCCACACCCAAAGAUCCCAGCCUAGGGAUGGGGUGCAGGGACCUUAAACAGUCCCUAAUCCCUAAUUUGCACUAGUUAACCCUGGUCAGGGGUCCAUAUGUUUCCUUCCAGCGGGGGAGUUGAAGAAAUGUUUGCUCCUAAUUCUCUUUGACGACCGGGCAUCCCCACUCUUGUGAUUGGAUGAACGUUUCCCAACCCGCCCCCCCCCAAAAAAAACAGCUCACAAGGGGAGAGCCAGUUUGGGGGAGCAAAUCUGGUAAAUGGGGAUUAGAGGAGUGCAGUUUAAAAAGGGGAAAGGCUGCCACCAUUUAGAUGGGAGCUUUAUCCUAGCUACUGUUUUCCGGGGCCAAGAUGGCUUCCCUCUUUCUCGGCUAAAAGGGCAAGAUCACGGUUUUUGGAGGGAGGUGAGCUUGGGGGAAGGACCAGGAGCAUCCUCCUGCCUCGUCUUACCCUCCGAGUCUAUAGCAAGGGGGAGGUUUUUGACAGGCUCCUGAAUGUUAACCAUGGAGGAGUGUCAUUCCUUCUCUCCUCCUCUGUCUCUUUGCACUUUUCCUGGUCUUGGCCACAGUCCAAGUGGAGUUUCCUACUGAAUGUACCAAGUUCCAAUUUUUAAGGGGGUAAAAUGCUUAAAACGGGAAAAUGCAAAAAAAAAAAAAUCACUAAAAAAUUCCCACAAAUCUCGUUUCUGGCACUUUAGAAAAACUGCGAAAAAAACAUAAUAAAGAAUACAUACAUAUAUAUAUAUAUAUAUCUACACACAAAUUUUAUAUAUAUAUAUAUACACACACCUAUAUACACACACACAUACACACACGCGCACACACACAGCGGAACCACAAGAGAGACAGAAGCCUUGGAGGCAGGGGGCAGACGCGUGACAGCUCCCCUCUAUCCUUAACCUGCACUCCUCUGAGGCAGAAAGGCACAGGAAACGGAAGGAGUUGAGGACGGACCGGGGGAUUUGCGUUUCAGAACAGGUCAAAAUUCCAAAACCACGGACAUUUUUGGGAGAACUGAGAUUGCAGACAUUUAUUUUUUUGGCAAAUAUGAUUUAGGAAACUAGCUUCCAGAAUUUGGUGGUUCUGGGCAACAAAUGAGGUUGCGGCAAACUGGAGAUCAAAAUACGUGUAUCCGAGCUGGGGAACUUAAUAUUGUGAAUUUCAGACGUUGGAAAUUUGGGAUUUUGCAAUUUCGUCUUUGGAAAAUGAUUCAAGUUUUGUCAGUUUGUGCCCUCUUUCCCGGUGUUCCCUGGGGAGAAGGGUGAUGGUGGAGUGGAAAGGCCACUGGCUCUGUGCCACAGCACGCAAGGUUUAGAAUCCUACAGACUGUAGCUCCAUAUGUAGUGAGGACCCAGAUUUAGAGAAACUGACCAAUAUUUAUCUCCGCAUCUGUGUGUGUGUCCAAUUCUCUAGGCCAAUAAACCAACAAGACAGACAAACUGUG